AUGCCGCUCACGAAACUUGAGGACAUCAUGGAUGACAAUGACGAGGAAACGGAACGAAUGGAAAAGACGAUGAUGAUUCCAGUACGAAUUCAAGCGAAUACAACAUGGAUAUCAAAACAAAUUGCGUUGUGCCUCCGUCGUAGCCAUGUACUCAAGGUUCUUAUCAACAUUCGUAUCCCCAAAUGGACCUUUGCCGACUUCACGCAAGCUUUGGACAUCUCCGAUAUGAAAACACCACCAUGCGGUCAAGUAAGGACGACAGGUUCUCUAAGAGAUAAGUAUGCACCAAUUGAGGACUUUCGGUUCCCGUGGCCUUUUCCUGCAAAUCCAUCUCUACUCUACAAAAUAAGGUCGUACCUCACUAUUGGAUUCGUUUCAUCGCUAUCAAAGCUGCUUUUUCUUGGAGGUGCGAAUAAGCUGCGUAUCCACAAUAGGGAAAGAUUUUUGAAUGCCUGGCGUGAUAGGUCUCGACCACUAAUAACUGUAUCGAAUCAUAGAUGCAAUAUUGACGAUCCACUGAUGUGGGCCUUUAUUACGGCUCGAGAGAUGUGCAAAAACAUUGAUCGGCAUCGCUACACCCUGGCUGCUCACAAUAUUUGCUUCUCGAAGAAAUGGCACACAACGUUUUUUGCACUAGGUCGCUGUGUUCCAUGUGUUCGAGGCUGCGGAGUUUACCAGAAAGGAAUGGAUUUUUGCGUGGAGAAACUGAAUGAAAAUGGUUGGGUCCACAUGUUCCCAGAAGGCCGUGUAACAGAAGAACCUCUUCGAUUCAAAUGGGGUGUUGGGCGACUUGUCAUGGAUUCGAUUAACCCGCCGCUGAUUCUUCCCGUUUGGUGCACCAACAUGUCUAGCGUUUGGCCUGCUCACCCACCGUACUAUCCGCGUUUUGGUCAUAAUGUCGACAUCCACUUUGGCAAGCUGUUGGACACACGACCUUUCGUGGAUGAGUUGUCAUCGAAAAAGAAUUGGAGCGAACUAAAGAGAAGAAAGUUCAUCACAGACGCUAUACAGACGGAGUUGUAUGAAUUGGGUGAAGAAGUAGGCAACUUACCUCAUGGAACUGCCUUACGGAUCCUUCAAGACAACAAAAAUGACACUUUAUGA